UUUUAAUUGAUUUUCGUCAUUCAUCCCUUGACAUCUCCAUCUCUAUCUCUAUCUCUAUCAAUCCUUUUCAUUUCCUUCUUUUAUUUCAGGUUGUUUUCCCUUUGAAUUCAACUUGAAUAAUAUCAUUAUACAUCUGACUGCAUAAAGUCAAUAGGCUUUAUUCAUGUCCUUUGUAGUGAAGCAGGGAAUUGUUUGUCUAAGAGAAUGAUUUUGAUUAAGACUCGAAUUCACGUCGCGUCUAAGAAAUCACCCUCAUCUUGUGCAAAUAUUCACCACCAAGUUCAAAUCCACCCACUUCACCCUUCCAAGCGCCAAUUAACCUAGUAGUUUGACAUUUGACCGAGUAAACCCUGGCAUUUAUUCAAAAUGGCUCCCGAACUCAGUACCUUCGAGGCGCGAAGGAAAGCAAACGUAGUGAACAAUGCCAAACUACUCAAGGACUCGGCCGAGGUCGCGGCUAAGAUCCGCCGGGCCGCCGCUCCACCUCCGAAGCCAGCCGCUUCAAGGAAGAGAAAAGCUACCGAGCCCACUCCUCGUACCCGCGUGAUUCCCACUCGUCAGAGUGCAAGACUCGCCGGAGCUGGCUCUGACACGAAUGGCACUGGAAUUAAACUUGAGGAUAUUCCUACCGAGUUGAAACCACCUGAGACCAAGCGCAUGCGUAAGGGUGGUAACCUGGAUCUCUUAACGCUUCAGGUGGAAGGUCAGAGGUGGUCAAGUCCUGGUACAAUGGCUUCCUUCGUCCACGGCGCACAGCCUGGCGUUCGUACAUUCACCGAGGAGGAUAUCAAAGAUACCUCUGACUCGAAGCUCAAGAAUCUUCGGAAAGAGAUAGACAAUCUCAAGUUAUACGAAGGUUGGGUGCCAAAUGAUAUCAAGAUUACCCCUGAACGUGUCUAUGCUCUCACCUUCCAUCCAAUACAGGAUAAACCCAUGAUUCUAGCCGGCGAUAAGAAGGGUACAUUGGGCUUCUUCGACGCUUCUCAAAAUACUCCCCCAGAAGCAGAGGAUGACGAAGAUGUUGAUAUUCCCCUACCACAAGUGAGCGCCUUCGAGAUACAUAGUAGGACCAUCUCCUCUAUCAAAGUGCCCACAUUCGAUCCCAAUUCAGUCAUCACUAGUUCCUAUGAUUCAUCGAUACGUUGCUUAGACCUACAAUCUCAAGUCAGCCGUCAACUAUGGCAGCCCGACGACGAUGGCGUUGAUCUCGGUAUCACGUGCAUCGACAUGUCGCCCGAAGCCAAGGACACAAUACUCUUCUCGACUUUGGAGGGUACCUUGGGAAGGAUUGAUAGGCGGUCGAAUGAGAAAGCCGAUAUGUGGGGUUUAUGCGACAACAAGAUUGGAGGAUUCUCUAUGAACCCAUUAUUACCACACCUCAUAGCCACAGCGUCCCUUGACCGAACACUCAAGAUAUGGGACUUAAGAAUGAUCAAGGGGAAAGGAGACCUUCAACACCCUUCUUUACUAGGCGAGCAUCAAUCGCGACUCUCCGUAUCACAUGCCUCGUGGAGUCGGGGCGGAUACCUAGCUACAUCAUCAUAUGACGACACUGUCAAGAUUUAUGACAUGACGGAUGCGAUUAAAUGGAAGUCAGGACAGGAUAUUCCCGAUGAGAAAAUGAACCCCGUACACCAGAUUACGCAUAACAAUCAAACUGGUCGCUGGGUUACAAUUCUCAAGCCACAAUGGCAAGUAAACCCCGCUGACGGCGUGGAGAAGUUCGCCAUCGCGAACAUGAACCGGUUUGUAGAUAUUUUCGACUGCGAGGGAAAGCAACUGGGGCAGUUAGAUGGCGAGGGUAUUACUGCUGUGCCUGCGGUUGCAGAGUUUCACCCAACAUUGAAUUGGCUGGCUGGCGGUACUGGAAGUGGAAAGCUAUGUCUUUGGCUGUAAAGACAAAUUAUAAGGAUCCAAUUAAUGGCUGGAUAGAAAAUACCCAUUAUGCAGUUAGACUACUGCGUAACUAAUCCCUAUAUACCUAACCUAGAUAUGUACCCUAUUACGGCGUCUCAUUGAAGCAACUCAUGUAUAAAGUAAAGUGGUUUACGGCGUUAGGUUCAUGAUCAUAGCUAGGUACCUACUUAGAUACAUACGAAGGCGUCUGGAUUAAUACAAAUUCGAUACACAUA